AAGCGUACAAAACUAUCAUCAUUGAAAGUUGUCAGUGAGUCGUAUAAGACUACAAGUUUUAGAUUUAUCUCUGAGUCGGUGUUAUUGGUGUAUCAUGUGGGAACCCAAAGGAUUGGGGUUCAUGGCGGAUUUCAGGCACAUAAACCCUAGGAAUAAGUAGGGAUUUCGACGACAGUAUCAAAUUCCUGGUUUACUAACUCUAUUUCUGCAACGCUGGGGCGUGGAAACUCAAGAUUCAGAUACUGGAGUUGCGUCGAUUGGCUGCCUUUCCUGUCUGGAAUGGAGGUCGAUUCCCCGAUGGAGCCUAAUUACUUGUCUCCGCAGGAUCGAAUUCUACAGAGACUUCUAAGGUGUGGAGUUCCUGCCGAGCAACUAGAUCAACUCCAGCCAGGGUUAGUUGCCUUGGUGAAGGUGAACAAGUCCUACAUAACUGAACUGGUAAAUGCUAUAUUACCUUCUGAUGUAAAAGUAGUGGAAGCUUUAUCGGAAUCUAAAACCAAGGCUGGAGAAGCUUCGAGGGGUUCCAGCAUUAAAAAUCAAUUCCAAGAAAGCAUGUCAUGGCUGCAGUGGUUAAUGUUUGAGGGUGAACCGCAUUCCUCCCUAGAGAGUCUGGCAAACAUGAGCAGUGGCCAGCGUGGGGUAUGUGGGGCUGUUUGGGGGCAAAAUGAUAUAGCAUACCGCUGCCGAACCUGUGAGAACGACCCUACAUGUGCAAUAUGUGUUCCUUGUUUCCAGAAUGGGAACCACAAAGACCAUGAUUAUUCUAUCAUCUACACUGGUGGUGGGUGCUGUGAUUGUGGUGAUGUGACUGCAUGGAAGCGAGAGGGCUUUUGUUCAAAGCAUAAAGGCACUGAACAGAUUCAACCUGUCCCAGAGGAGAUUGCAAAUUCUGCUGGGCCUAUCCUGGAUGCGCUUCUCUUGUGUUGGAAAGAUAAGCUACUCAGUGGGGAAGCUUCUCUCCAGGGAACUCCUAGGGUAGGUGGUCAUGUUGAUGUUUGCAAAAUGUUUGGAAAUGAGUUAACAUUAGCGAUAGUUGAGAUGCUUCUUGAAUUUUGCAAGUACAGUGAAAGCUUACUUGGUUUUGUUUCCAAGAGAGUGUUCUCAUUGGUUGGUUUGUUGGAUGUUCUGGUGAGGGCGGAGAGGUUCUUGGAUGACGAAUCAGUUGUCAAGAAGCUCCAUGAAUUACUCUUGAAAUUACUGGGUGAACCCAAUUUUAAGUAUGAGUUUGCCAAAGUAUUUAUUAAUUACUAUCCUGCCAUCAUCAAUGAAGCUGUAAAAGAGUGUAGUGAUACUGUUCUUGUGAAGUAUCCAUUGUUAGCAGUUUUCUCUGUGCAAAUUUUCACAGUGUCGACUCUAACACCAAACCUUGUGAAAGAAGUGAACCUACUGGGCAUGCUUUUGGGAUGUUUGGGAGAAGUCUUUGUUUCUUGCAGUGGGGAAGAUGGUCAAUUGCAGGUCAGCCAAUGGGCGAAUUUGCAUGAGACAACUUUCCGUUUGGUUGAAGAUACACGCUAUGUCAUGAACCAUAAUGAAGUUCCCAAGUAUAUAACUCGUGAGAAGCCAGAUGUUUUAACAACUUGGAUGAAACUUUUGGCUUUUGUGCAAGGGAUGAAUCCUCAGAAGAGAGUGACGGGCCUUCAUAUAGAAGAAGAAAAUGAGAAUGUCAAUCUGCCUUUUGUGUUGGGACACUCAAUUGCAAAUAUACAUUCACUGUUUGUUGCAGGGGCAUUUUCUGAUGAUGCCAGGGAAAUGGAUAGACCUCUCUCUUACAUGAAUAAAGAAGAUUUGGAUGACAAUGAUGGUGUACAGCAUCCAAAAGUAGGACUGUCACAAGAAAGUUCUGUGUGUAGUACAACAGGAAGAAAUAGUACAAUGGAUCAGAUGUUAAAAUGGGGCAAAGUAAAAGUUGAUACUGGUAGCCUUAUUUCAGUUCCACCUCCUGUAUCUUGGUUAACAUUUGAGUGUCUGAAGGCUAUUGAAAAUUGGUUGAGACAUAGUGUUAGAUCAGGGAUUUAUCUUAGUUCUUUGUCUCCAGACACUGAAACUUGUACUGGUAGCAGUCUCUUAUCCUUGAGGAAAACAUUUUCUAGGAUUAGAAAGGGCAAAAAUAUCUUCUACCGGACACCUACAUAUAGAAAUAGAUUUACUACUUCAAGUGAAAUCUAUGCUAGGCAUAACUCUUCUCCUUUUUAUAGUGGUUUUCCUAGAAGUGUUGAUCUGGAGAAUGAACAAGCUGGAGUCCAAGGACAUGACAUGAUGGACACUAGUGAAAGGGAUCCUGAAAAUUCCAGUUCAGGGAGGGACAUUGAUGAAGAUAUUUUGGAGGCAGACCAUACCAUGGAAUUGGAAUCUUUACAUGUAUUGAGUUUGUCAGAUUGGCCUGAUAUAGUUUAUGAUGUUAGUUCACAGGAUGUAACUGCUCACAUCCCUCUUCAUCGAUUGCUUUCUUUGCUGAUACAAAAGGCAUUGAGAAAAUGCUAUGGUGAAUCCAGAGAUCAGGACAACGCCAAUGCUAGUAAUAUUUUUCAAUUGCCUAGACCUGAUCAUGAUUUCUUUGGACAUUUUCUUGGAGGCUGCCACCCAUAUGGAUUUUCGGCCGUUAUAAUGGAGCAUCCUCUACGGAUAAGAGUAUUUUGUGCUCAGGUGUGUGCUGGAAUGUGGCGGAAGAAUGGGGAUGCUGCAAUGUUCAGCUUUGAUUGGUAUAAUUCGGUUCGGUGGUCUGACCAGGGUUUAGAACUUGAUCUAUUUCUAUUGCAAUGUUGUGCUGCAUUAGCUCCACCAGACCCAUAUGUUAAAAGAAUUCUGGAGCGCUUUGGUUUAUCAAGCUAUCUUUCUCUAAAUUUGGAACGGUCUAAUGAGUAUGAACCACUUUUGGUGCAGGCAAUGUUCACUCUUAUCAUACAGAUAGUUAAGGAACGGCGCUUUUGUGGGAUGUCUGCUGCUGAAAGUUUGAGAAGAGAGUUGAUUUAUAACCUAUCUAUCGGAGAUGCUACUCAUAGUCAGAUAGUGAAAUCUCUCCCUCGUGACCUCUCUAAGAAUGAUCAACUUCAGAAUAUUUUGGAUUCGACUGCAGUGUACUUCAAGCCAUCUGGCAUGAAGCAGGGAAAAUAUUCACUACGAAAGACGUAUUGGAAGGAGCUGGACUUAUAUCAUCCUCGAUGGAACUUAAGAGACCUCCAAUUCGCAGAAGAAAGAUACUUGCGCUUCUGUAAGGCUUCUGCUUUGACUGUUCAGGUACCUCGGUGGACAAAGAUUUAUCCUCCUCUCAGUGGAGUUUCUAGAAUAGCUACUUCAAAAACAGUCCUUCAAAUUGUCCGUGCAGUUCUAUACUAUGCAGUUUUCACAGAUAAAAUAUCUGCAUCACGUGCUCCUGAUGGGGUUCUUCUUACAGCACUGCACUUACUUUCACUAGCAUUAGACAUCUGCUAUAAGCAGAAACAAUCCGGUGAUCAACCACUUAUGAGUGUUUCAUCUCACAUGGAGGAUCCACUUCCUGUUCUAGCUUUUGCUACUGAAGUGAUUGAUUUGGGAACAACUAAGGGAAGUGAAUCAUGGAGUCAUCAAACUAUGCUGUCAUUACUUGUUUCAGUCAUGAGGAUGCAUCAGAAAGAAAGUCUACACAACUUCAUGGAAGCAGGUCAUUGUAAUCUUUCUUCGUUUGUUGAUGGUCUAUUGAAAAAGUUUGCUGAGCUUGAUGCUGGUUGCAUGACUGAAUUACAAAGGCUUGCACCUGAAGUGGUCUGUCAAUUGUCCCAGCCAAUUCCAGAUAGUAGAAUUAAUAUUGGUUCAGCUUCUGAGGCUGAGGAGCGUAAAGCAAAGGCUCGAGAGCGGCAGGCUGCCAUAUUGGAAAAAAUGAGAGCUGCACAGUCCAAAUUUAUGGAAAACCUUUACUCCACAGCUAGUGAUGCAAUGGAUGUUUCAAAAUCUGAUGAAAAGCUCUCUGUCUCUGAUGAUGGUUACACAUCUGAAGAGUUAGCUCCAGUUAUUUGUUCUCUUUGCCGCGAUCCAGAUUCUAAGAGCCCUGUAUCUUACUUGAUUUUUCUCCAGAAAUCUAGACUUGCAAGUUUUGUUGAGAGAGGACCUCCAUCAUGGGAACAAGUUCAUGAAUCAGACAAGCACUGUCAUAUUGCCAAAAAUGAGUUUCUUCAGGAUGAAGUGAAUGAGUCUGCAUUCGAUGUGCAAUCCAGUGAGGCUGAUGCUUUCAUGGAUUUCAUUAAGGCCCGGCUUCUAGCUCCAAGAAAUAUUCAACAGCCAAGUACAUCUCAUGAUACAAAUAUGAGUUCUGCAUCUUCCCUUGAGAUGAUGGAAGAAGAAGUCUAUAAUUCUAUUCAAAGGGAUGCGUGCACUAUCCUUUCAUAUCCAAAAGUCAUGGAGGGUGAUCAGCAUUUUUCAACCUCACAUGCCGGGCAUUUAACAAGAAGCAGAUAUGCUGAGUCCCCUUUGCUUGCAAAAUAUAUAGCAUCCCUUUCAACUGAGGCAUCAGAAACUACUGCUGCAUCCAGAAAAGCUCACUCUCAUAAUGAAAAUUCAUUCACUAUGUCAACAGUUUACUUGGCUGCAUUUGAUGGAUUUGGUCCUUCAGAUUGUGAUGGAAUUCAUAUAUCAUCAUGUGGGCAUGCUGUGCAUCAGGAGUGUCGUGAGCGUUACUUAUCAUCCCUUAGGGAAAGAUAUCUUAGGAGAAUUGUCUUCGAAGGUGGUCACAUUGUGGAUUUGGAUCAGGGAGAAUUCCUCUGUCCUGUUUGCCGCCGACUUGCAAAUUCAGUCUUACCCACAUUCCCUGAUUAUCGUGGCAAUGUUAGGGAGCGGAUGAUGUCAUCAAACCUUAGUUCAACAGAAACUGCUGGUUUGUCAAUCAUAUCAUGUUUAGAAACGAAUGUUCUUCUUAUUCAACAAGCUCUAUCUCUCCUUCAAAGUGCGGCCAAUAUGGUUGGGAAAAGCAACACUGUAAAAGCCUUCUCAUCGCAGCGUGGCAAAAGGAUGAGACCAACUCUAGAACCUGUUUUCAACUCUCUCUGUAAAAUGUAUUCUCCUGAUGGACAUGACAAGUUCUCAGCAUCUGGCAGAGUAAUCCAUUCAAUGAUUUUGUGGGAUACUCUUAAAUACGCUCUCAUAUCUGCAGAAAUUGCUGCUCGAGGUGGAAGAUCUUACAUGCAUGCAGGAAGCUCAACCCCUGGGCUUAUACCUUUAUAUAACGAACUUGAAUCUUCUACUAGAUUUAUAUUGUCCUUAUUGCUCCAAGUUGUCCAGAGAACUCGGAGUGACAAUUUUCUUCAGGUGCUUCUGAGGUUUAGAGGGGUUCAACUUAUGGCAGAAUCUAUUUGCUCUGGUGUCUCCAUAGAUGAAUUUUCUGCUAGCUCAGGUAGUAGAAGAGGUAGUAUGUCAUCUAUCCUGAAACAUGUUGACAAAAGAGUACCAUAUCCUGAUAUCCAGUUUUGGAAACGAGCUGCAGAUCCUGUCCUUGCUCACGAUCCUUUUUCAUCGUUGAUGUGGGUUCUUUUUUGCCUUCCAUCCCCAUUUCUAACAUCCGUGGAAUCUUUCUUAUCUCUUGUGCAUCUCUUCUAUGUUGUUUGUAUAAUUCAGGCAAUAAUUACAUGUCAUGGAAAUCUUAAUGUGGAUAUCAGUCAAUUAGCAAAGGGAAAUUGCCUGGUUAGUGACCUCUGCAAGAUUAAGGGAGAAUCUGUAGUUGUUCAAGAUUACUUUGUCUCAAACUAUAUUGAUUUGUCCUGCCAUCCUAAAGAUAUGGUUCGCAGAUUUAGUUCUCCUUAUUUGCGAAGGUGUGCAUUGCUCUGGAAAUUGCUAAGCUCUUCGAUGCCAACACCAUUCUCCGAUAGAUCUCAUGGGUUGGGUGCAUUAUCUUCACAUGUGAACAAUGAUGCAUUGGAAAGCACUAGUGGCUUUCUCUUAGAACUUAAAGAGGUUGAAGAACUGGAGAACAUGUUUAAGAUUCCCUCUCUGGAUGUUGUUUUCAGAGAUGAAAUGUUGCAUGUUCUAGGUGUGAAAUGGCUCAGUCAUUUCUGCAAGGAAUUCCAGGGUUGUCGUUAUGGACGCUCAUUGCACUCUACUCCAGCUGUUCCAUUUAAAUUGAUGAAUCUUCCUCAUGUUUAUCAAGAUCUUUUGCAGAGGUAUAUCAAAAGGCAGUGCCCUGAUUGCGGAGGUGUUCAGGAUGAUCCUGCUCUAUGCUUGCUAUGUGGUAGACUGUGCUGUCCAGCAUGGAAGCAAUGCUGCAGGGAACGCACGUGCCAAACUCAUGCAAUAUCUUGUGGUGCUGGAUUUGGAGUAUUUCUCUUGAUCAGGAAAACAACAAUCUUACUGCAAAGAAAUGCACGACAGUCAUUUUGGCCCUCUCCUUACUUGGAUGCCUUUGGUGAAGAAGAUCAUGAAAUUGUAAGAGGGAAGCCACUGUAUUUGAGUGAGGAACGCUAUUCAGCUCUUACUUAUAUGGUGGCAUCUCAUGGCCUUGAUCGGAGUUCUGAAGUCCUUCGUCAAACAACUAUCGAUAUACCUUUCAUUAUUUAAGAUUAUUAAGAGAAUAUAUUCAAGGCUCUCUAUUGAGGCGGGGUUUCAAUCUUCAGCGGAGAUGCUGGUUUCUGAGCAUUUGGUGUGCAUAUUUCAAGGGUGAAAUUGUGCCAGAUCAACUAAGAAUGGAGAGUGGAUGUUCUGGUGCUGAAAAAUCUACUUGUCUGUAUAUUUUUAGCAUAGCUCAGGCACAUGGAUCUGAGAUUCUGGCGUCCUGGAAAAAAAAGCAGUGCUGUGCAGCAUAUUAUGGAGGCGUCCUUGUCGAAGAAGGCAAUGGUGGCCAGCUAUUUGACCAUUACGGUCAUCAAAUAGGGGUAGCUAUUUGUCUUCUAAAUGGUUCAUAACUGCUUUGUUUUUUCCUCAAGGCUCCAGAUUGUACAGUUCACUCUGGUUCAGUAAGAAAUCAAGUUACAGUUUAUGUUCUCUUGCCUAAAAAGGAUAUCCAUAAUUGGAUAAAAACAAAAAAAAAAAUUGUAAAUAUGUUCAGAUUUUAAAUUUGCUUUUACUGUACUUUAAAUGUCUUGAUUGGAUUUAAAAGAUCAAAACAAAAUAUUUGAACUACUUUUGAAAGUAUUAACAGCACAAUAUGAUAG